AUGUUACGUCUAACGUUGAUGGUGUCAUAUGAGCAGAAUGACAAAAGCGACGACCAGGAGGUUAAGCCGAUUAGUACCAUACUCUCUUCCGGCUGUCGCCGAGUCUCUCUUUCGGCACGAGAGUCCCGCUCUCCCUGUGGCCGAUGCAGCAGUGCAGUAGGACCGGGAGCGGGAACUUCGCGGGAUUACGACGGGCGCCGCGUGCUGCGUCCUGGUGCCAUUGCCGGCGCGUCGGCCGGUGGCAGGUUGAUAAAGGGCCGGAACAAAGGAGGCGCCACGUGGUGCUAUCGAUCGCCGCGCGCCCUGCGCCCUACGCCCUGCGCCCCCCGCCGCCCCCUCCCCCCUCCCCCGCCCCAGCCCCCGCGCCCAUUCAGCAGCGCCGGUCACGUGGCGCUCGCCGUGACGCCGCGCGGGGUCGGCAGCCAC